UGCUCUGCUGCUUCUGCUGCCCUUUCCUCAGCCUCAGCCUCAUCGUCUCUGAGGAGAGAGAGAGAGAGAGAGAGAGAGGAGCCCCUUUAGGUGUCUGCGGCGGUCGCCUGACAGACUUCGCCUUCGCCUUCUCCUUCUCCUUCGCCGUCCUUGGCGCUGCCAUCGCCUCUGACCGACUCCGGAGGGCCUCCUCUCCCGGCAUGGAGGAGGGGAAGAAGGAGGAGGAGUGCAGGGUGCUCUCCAUCCAGAGCCACGUCGUCCGCGGAUACGUCGGGAACAAGGCGGCCACCUUCCCCUUGCAGGUUUUGGGCUUUGAAAUAGAUACUGUGAAUUCUGUCCAGUUUUCAAAUCAUACAGGUUAUGAUCACUGGAAAGGGCAGGUGUUAAAUUCAGAUGAACUUCAUGAACUGUAUGAGGGUUUGAAAUUAAACAAUGUGAACCAUUAUGACUAUGUACUUACAGGCUAUACAAGGGACAAAUCAUUCCUUGCAAUGGUGGUUGAUAUUGUUCAAGAGCUAAAACAACAAAACUCCAACCUGGUAUAUGUGUGUGACCCUGUGAUGGGUGACAAGUGGAGUGGAGAAGGCUAUAUGUACGUUCCAAAGGAUCUCCUUCCAGUUUAUAAGGACAAGGUUGUGCCUGUAGCAGAUAUAAUAACACCUAAUCAAUUUGAGGCAGAGUUACUUACUGGCAGAAAGAUACACACUGAAAAAGAAGCUAUAGAGGUUAUGGAUAUGCUCCACAAUAUGGGACCAGAAACAGUUGUAAUCACCAGCUCAGAUCUACAAGCGCCUUCGGGAGAUGAUUAUCUGAUAGCAUUAGGAAGCCAUCGGAAAACUACAGCAAAUGGCACCAAAGUGACACAGAGGAUCCGAAUGGAGUCACCUAAAGUAGAUGCUGUCUUUGUUGGAACAGGAGAUUUGUUUGCUGCCAUGCUCUUGGCCUGGACCCACAAGCAUCCAGACAACCUAAAGGUGGCAUGUGAAAAGACUGUGUCAGCCAUGCAGCAUGUUUUGCAGAGGACCAUUACGAGUGCUAAAGCCCAAGCUGGAGAAGGAAACAAACCUAAUUCAGCCCAGCUGGAACUAAGGAUGGUCCAAAGCAAAAAGGACAUAGAAAACCCAGAGAUAAUUAUAAGAGCUACUGAGUUAUAAAGGUUGUGUAUCUCCUAACAACGCACAAUGUAUUGAUGUCCUCAUUUUCUUUCCUGUAAAUUGUAAUGUUUGCCUUAGAUCUGUGACAGAAACCUGACUUCCAUGAAAUAGUGCCCAGCAUAGAUGAGAUCCACUACUAAGCACAUGUGCUGGCCUUUCUCGAAUUAAGAAGGAAAAAAGUUAGGUGUAUAUUUGAGCUCUCUCCCAGGUAUAAAAAUGCUUGUCUGAUUAAUUCAGUCAUGUUAUAAACCCUGGAUGUGGGAGCAUAAGGUCCUGCCUUGCCAAAGACUUUCAGAAUGCAUUUGUUAGUGUAAUGAUUGUCUGGAGUAGAUACAUAUACUGUGGUAAAGCAUCUUGUGCCAAUUGAGUAGGUUACCUCUUCCCUUAAAUGAAGAGAUUUGGUAGCCUGCUACAAUAUUCUGUACCUCAACCACUCUGGAAUAAAAAGCAGAGGGAGAUACAGAGUGUAAGGUGGUAACCCAAAGGUAGAUUUUGGGUACUUUGUACAGUUGUUGGAGGUAUAACAACAUAUGGCUGAGAAUUGCUCCCAUUUCCAGUCUGAUUAAUUGCAAGAUUCCACCAUCCAGAGGUGCUAAUCCUUUAAUAUCAAGUAACCAAAAUUAUCCCAUGUCAUUUUAUUUUUGUUGAUGCCUUUUUUUUACUUCAUAAAGAAAUCUGGAUGAGUACAAGAUAAAAGUGAUUCUACCUCUGAUGGAAAAUGUUUGCUUGAGUUUUAUCAAAGCCUUUUUAAGAUGCAGAUUUCAUUAAUAGGUAUCUUAUUAUGAAAUCUGAAUAGCCCAGUUCAUCUCCUAAUGAAUAGAAUGGAAGUGCAAGUAGGUGUUCUUUGUUGUGACCAACCAGUUUCCUGUUGUGAUUACUAGCCAUUGUGCUCCUACUUCACUGAAUGAAUGAUGCCAUUUAAUCAGUAGGUUAAUUCAGUAACAUCACUUCAGCCAAAGCAUGCAAAGCAUUGCCAUUGCACAACCUCCAUGCCUUUCAAAGACACUUGGGCAGGAAUCUCAUGCAAGUCUGAUGGAAAUGAAUUAGAUUGCAGAGUGUUAUUUGCAGGACAGAGGCAGGAUUGCAUCCAGGCUCAUCCAUGCUGCAGCACUAAUAUAGAUUUAUUAAUGUUAUGGUCCUAUCUUCAUGACUUUAACAAGGUUAUUGUUAAAACCUCAUCCUCAAAAAUAAUCAGUAGUUCGUACAUUCCAGUGGAAGUUAGACAUGCUUGAAUGCAUUGGAAAUCAACACAGAGUUCUAGAAACUCUUGCAAUAACCUCUUUAGAACUAUUAAAUAUCUUCAGUUACUUAAUGUAUGAGUCCUAGAACCAUGCAUAUUCAGCAUUUAGAAAUUUAAUCCUAUUAAUCCUCCCUAUUCGCCACCCUCAGUUUUGUUUUGUUUUACCAUAAAUAGUAUGGAUAAAUUGAUAUUUGCAAUUUUUUAUUUUUUUUUUCUUCAGAUAAAACAGGGUAUCGAAGCAAUCCAUGAUCCUUAAGUGUUUCUAACACACUUGUGCUAGUGUUACUUCCUUCUUCCUUGAAAAAUAACCAGGGUACUUUUUCAUCAUUUUUAUUAGAACAUUCAAUUUCUUGGGACUUUUUUAGGAAAUAGGGUUCUGCAGAUGUGUUCCCAUUAACACUGGUGGCUCUUGAAGCAGCAUUGUGCAGUCCCUGAUAUUUUCUUUGCCAGAGUUCCAGACUGUAUUUAUUUAAAACAUCCAUUUUUUUGUCCCUCAUGGCUACAGAUCUAAGCUUGAUUGCAGAUUUUUCCCAGUGUGGUCAUCAGCAUCAAAAAAGUUUCCCACUCUUGCCCUUUUUCAGCACGUAAAGUUUGUUGAGGGUUUUCUUCAAGAUAAAUGUUUCCCACUAGCCUCAGGUGAUCAUGGCAGAAACAUGAGAAAAUGUGUACAGCUUUUAAAGAAAAAAAAGCCUUCCUUAAAUUGCUUAUACCUGACAGGCUUUUAUGGCAUCUGUCCCUUGCCUCAAAAGUGAAGUAUGAAUUAAAACCUUGUUGUUCUAUUUGUUUUCAAGAACAACUAUCCCAUGCAAAUUUCAUCCACAACCUUAAUAUGGAGAUCCAUAGACUCUGACGUAUCUCUGAAACUGCUUGAGAGAGUCUACAUAAUGGCAUCCCUUGAAUAUUUUCUUAUAAUGUUUCAUUCCUGUCCCUUUCUGCCCCUUGUAAAAGCUGCAUCCACUUAUUCUCUUUAAAAAAUGGUGACAUAGGCAGUUUUGGAUAUGGUAGGAUUUAUUCCUCUAGUUACUGAUUGUAAUCUGAAGUUAUACAGAUGCAAGUUGAGAAAGUGCAUGAGUGGCCCAUUCAUCCUUGGGAAAGUUUACACAGAAAGUUUGGAAAUACAUAUUCAUAAAACACAGAGAGAGAGAGUCAACCAGUUUGUCAUUUCAGACACCCUCUGCAGUUUAGAAGGAGUAUUUCCAUAUUAAUAUGGAGAAUUCCCUGCUAAUAAUAACUGGAUCUACUGCAGCUACUUGUAUUCCCCACUGCUGUCAAAUAACCUUUUAACAUUUUAAAAAAUGUGGAUGGUACGAUUGUUUCCCUGUUGCAUGAGAUUCCUGCUGUUUUCUUGCUGACAAGCCAAAAGUCUCUUACAUCACAGUAGUAGCACAAUAGCAUUUUAACACAGUAAUAAUGUUCUCAUAUACCAUUGUAGACAUCCAUAUAGUAGUAACUAGUUUCAGCAAAAUUUUCAGAUUUGAGGAAUGUAGCUGUUUGUUUUAAAUAUUUGAGCAGAAAUAUUUUAUCUAGACCCCAGUACAUUUUUAUCACUAUCUUAUCACAGAAUGGCAGUACAGACCACUGGACAGGUUAAAGUUUUGUUCUGUUUAACAACAUUCCACAUUUACUUUUCUCAAAGUCCAAGGAAGCUUAGCCCUUAGUGCUUAGAUCAGUCCUUCCCUUCUUUUCUUGGUGACUAUGUUGAUUGUCAAAAUAUUUAUUGAAAACCCUUAUCAUAUCUGCUGUCUGUUGAACCUUCAUAGCUCAUGGGUUAAUUCAGCUCACACAAAAAUACCUGAUUUCCUGCCCCUACAUCACAUUUGGACUUGCAUGCAUUCAGUAGAAAUGAAUGCAUGUAAUUUCUUGUCUUUAGAUAAAUAGGAAUACAAAGUUUCAUUUGAUAUAUAUUUUUAAUAAACACAUAAUUUUAUUAACACAGAAUUGGGGGGUGUAAAAUCUUCCCAAAUGCCUUUUCUUGUAGAAUAGUAUUAUGUCAUGAUGACUGUAGCCAUAGACAGGAAUGUAACAAGUCUGGAGAAAGUCAUCUUUUUCUCUGAAAUCAACCUCAGACUUCAUCUGUGGCCUAAGAUGGACAAAUUGUAACCCCUCUCCCAACAAAAAAACUCACUAAAAAUUCCCCUUCUUUAAAUCAGGGGCUUAUUUGAGACAUAUAAUUAACCUUGGGAUCAUGAUCCUGUUCUGAUCAAUUAGUCACUUUGGCAGCCCAGCUGUGUACAAAAGUGAUUGAUAAACACACUUAAUAAAAAAAAUAACAACAAUUUUAAUCAUUUUCUGAUUCUAAGCAUGGUCUUUCUACUGAAACAGAAAGAAAAGAUUUUUUUUAAGAAUCCUACUAUGUUGUCAUGGAGUAUUUUUAAUUGCUGUGAUUUUUAAGACAUUUCUUUUUAAUAUGCUUUUAUCAAAAGUUUAAUUUCUUGAUUCCUCUCCCUGCAGAGAUGGUUUUUGCAACAAUAAACACCUAGCACAAUUGUGCCCAAAUACCUGUACAAGGGUUCCACAGUUUUGAGGAAUUAGAUUUAUAUCGUAUGAUGUAUAUGGAGCAGCUAAGAGAGAUGCAAGCUCCUCCCUUCAUAUUUUGGAACGUACACCUCAGAGCGAUCACAUCCCAUGUACAGAUCUGUACAUUGGCAGAGCUUAUCUUCAGCUACUUCUCAAAACAGAGCUGCAGGGUCUGAGUCUAUCAAGUAGAGGGCUAUUUAUGCUUCCCACCACUACUUGAUUCCAGUGCACUUGCCACAAUUCUGAGGUUCCAUCUUCUGUGUAUCAGUAUCUGCAUUCACUUGGGAUAAGGCACAGAGUAGAGGGAAAGAAAAGCUGGCAGUGUCAGAUCUAAUCUCUCUGUCCAUUUCCCCACCUCCUCAAAGAGCAGUGAGCUGGAUCAAGAGAGAAGUGAGGCUCACUAUAGCCAUAGGCUUUUGUGCCAUUCCUUCUCUCUACUACAAGUUUCUUAAGAUGUUUUUUUCUUUUUCUUUUAAAGAUCUGAAAUAUUUUUCCUGCCAACCCCAAUGCAUAGAUCAAACCUGGCUAACACAGGCAGAACCAGGUUGAAAAUAAAGCUGGAUGUGUUGAAACAAAUCAAUGUAUGUCCUUAAUGGUGGCAGAGACAUAAACAUCUUGACAGACAGCACUAGGUGAAAUAAAUACUGCAGCAAUUUCUACAAUUGUCUUAAACUGGGAAGUUGGUAUUAUCAUCUGACUCAUUUGUGUUUACCUCCACUUUUUUGUAAAGAUCUUUUCAAUGUACCUGUGCAAUUGUUUUGGUUUUUUUUUUUUUAAAGAAAAUAUAUUAUUACUGUGCUUUCAAAUCUUGUGGAAGACAAGGGGCUUAACUACAUGUUAUAUGCAACUUGUAUUGGAGCUCUGAAGUUAAUGGUUUUUAAAGAAAAACAGCUUUGGCUGGAAAUUAUUUUAAGCACAGAAAUAAUGAGUAGGAAAAGAGGGUAAGCACUUUCCCUGUUACUCUAAAAUCACCAAAGCUAUUUUUCUUUGAAAAUUUACACCAUGGAAAAUUUGUACAGCAUGUACACAUAACCAUUAGUUAGCCUCUCAGCAGGACCAAAACUCAUGUAAAAUGAAGUAUCUUCUGUGCUUAAAUCCAGCUUUUAUGUACCCAUAAUUCUGACAUUCUUGCUCAUAAUGACAUUUAGGAAAGUAAAUAGAAGUCGUCAUUUGUGAAAUUUUAUUCACUCUUGCUUUUAACAUGCUUUUAAGAAGCAUAUAUAUUAAAAUGGUUAAGUUUUAGAUGUUUAUUUGCCAAAUUGCAUUCAAAAUGCAAGAAAUCUGUAAUCAGCGCAAUACUUUUAAAAAGAAUUUAGUGGACCAAGAUUUCUAGCUAAAGAUACUGCCUUGUUAAGAGUAAUCUUAUACGUAUCUUGAUUGGAUGGUGUUGAUUCAUUGUCUUUCCGGUACUGUUGCAGUGAUUGUACUAGUCUCUUAAUUUAUAAUAUGUGGCAAGAAAGAUUGUAAUAAAAUUAUCUAUGUUUAAUAA